UCACACACCAGCGAACCUCUAAGAAACAGAGCGCCUCCCUCCCAUCCCAACCCCUCCCUACAAAGCGAGUCCAUCCCCUCCUCGUUUCGGUUCCGAUCAUGUCCCCGACCCCGAAUGCGUAUUGAGAGCAUCGGCAUUUCGAGCGGGAAGUAAGGCGGUGUCGCGCUCGCGGAUUAGAAACUCGCAAAAGUCUCCGGUCUCGAUGGGCGGGGACAAGGGCGAGAUGAAGUACAUCACCUCGGAGGAGCUCAAGGGGCACAACAAGCCCGGGGACCUGUGGAUCUCGAUCCAGGGCAAGGUCUACGAUGUCUCGGAUUGGGGAAAGAUCCACCCCGGCGGCGAGGGCCCGCUUCUGACCCUGGCGGGGCAGGACGUGACCGACGCCUUCAUCGCGUACCACCCGGGCUCUGCCUGGCAUUACCUCGACAGGAUGUUCACGGGGUACACUCUUGAGGACUUUGAGGUGUCGGAGGUAUCCAAGGACUACAGGAGGCUCAUGGUCGAGUUCUCGAAGUCGGGCAUCUUCGAGAAGAAGGGGCAUCACGUGAUGUACUCGUUCAUAUCGGUGGCGGUGAUGCUGUUCGCGGCUGUCUACGGGGUUCUGAGGUCGGACAGCACGCUGGUUCACUUGGGCUGCGGCUGCUUGCUGGGCUUGCUCUGGAUCCUUAGCGCCUACAUCGGCCAUGAUUCCGGGCAUUCCCAGGUGACCCCGAGCCCAAAGACAAACAAGAUCGUGCAGCUGAUAUCAGGCAACUGUUUGACGGGGAUCAGCAUCGCGUGGUGGAAGUGGACGCACAACCAGCACCACAUCGCGUGCAAUAGCCUGGACAACGACCCGGACCUCCAGCACAUCCCGGUCUUUGCAGUCUCAAACCGCUUCUUUUCGUCCCUGACGUCCCGCUUCUACGGGCGGAAGCUCACGUUUGAUUCUGUGGCCCGGUUUUUGGUGAGCUACCAGCACUGGACCUUCUACCCGGUCAUGUGCUUUGGGCGGAUCAACCUCUUCAUCCAGACGUUCCUCCUGCUCUUCUCGAAGCGCCCCGUCCCAGAUCGGGCUCUCAACUUCUUCGGCCUCCUUGUGUUCUGGACGUGGUUCCCGCUCCUGGUCUCCUGCCUCCCGAACUGGCCAGAGCGGAUCAUGUUCGUGCUAGCAAGCUUCGUUGUAACCGCGCUCCAGCACAUCCAGUUCUGCCUCAACCACUUCUCAGGAGACGUGUAUGUGGGAGCCCCCAGCGGGAAUGACUGGUGUGAGAAGCAGACCCAUGGCACGAUCGACAUCUCGUGCUCGAAGUGGAUGGACUGGCUCUUCGGCGGGCUACAGUUCCAGCUGGAGCAUCACCUCUUCCCGAGGCUGCCGAGGGGGCAGCUCCGGAAGAUCGCCCCAAUUGCCCGGGAGCUCUGCAAGAAGCACAACCUCCCGUACCGGAACCCCGGGUUCUGGGAAGCCAAUGUCACAACCAUCAAGGUCCUUAGGUCCGCCGCUCUGCAAGCACGGCAGCUCACCAGCGGCCCCGUGCCGAAGAACCUCGUCUGGGAGGCCAUUAACACCCAUGGUUAAUCCGACCUCCGACGACAAGAACUGGAACCCGAUCCAAUUCUUUCAUUCAUCCAUCCCAUCAUCGUUUGGAUUAGUACUCUAGUACGUUGGUUUGGACUGCUCUUGUCGCUCUCCCGGAUUUAUACACUACAUUUUCUUAUGAAUUUUAUAUUUAAAAAAAAAACAUUGUGUAGGUAAAUAUUUUUUUCCUGUAUUUUUCCUUUAACGUAUCAGUCGUUCACAUCGACUACAUUUUUGAUCUGAUAUGGACCAUACGAUAUCCGAUCGAAGAUUAGGUAACUCGGCCGAAUAUUACAUAUGUAAGUGCCCUUUGAGUAAAAUAGUUGUUUUCUCAGAGAUUUUGAGUUUGAGAUUUCGUUAUACA